AUGGUAAAGAAAGGACAAAAACAUAAUAGAGAAGAAAAUGACUAUGACACAUUUAUUUUGGGAUUGACCAAGACAAGUCUAAGCGAAUUUGAGAAUACCUUUCAACACAAAAAGAAAAAGUGCGAGAAAAAGAACAUCAUUACAGCUGCAAGAAAUGAAACUUUACCUAUCAUAUUUAAUAGACUACUAAAUAAUAAUAUUUUAUCAUGUCCAGUAAUUAAACAAGAUGGUUCAUUUUAUGGUGUUAUUGAAUUAUUGGAUGUCUUGAAAUAUAUGGUAGAUGAAUUUGGAAAGAAAAAAUUAAACAAUGCCAAAUCAUUAUUUGAAAUUGAAGAAUUUAAGAAUGAAACUGUCAAUGAAAUGAUGCAAUAUCCAUAUGGAAAAAAUGUAAAGUUUGUAAAGUUGACACCAAGUUCAACUCUGUUUACAGCAUUUGAAAGUUUGUCCAAGCAAAAUGUCAACAGAAUCAUUGUGAUUGAUGAACAAGAUGAGAUUGUCGAUAUUAUCACUCAGUUUGAUCUGAUCCGUUGGGUACAUGAUAAUCUUGGCAAACUCGGAACGAGAAAGAACAAGUUGGUGAGGGAACUGUCGGCAGCCAACCAAUACGUCAUGUCAGUGACAGAUGACGAGCAGGCAAUUGACGCAUUCCGUCUCAUUGAAAUCAUGGGUGUUGGUGGAGUUGCUGUCAUCCAACCCGAUGGCAAGUUGACCGGCAAUCUGUCGGCACGUGACAUUAAGCGUAUUGGAAGUAAAGGAGAGCAUUGGAAACGAUUGCUCGGGCCUGUUUACGAGCUGGUCGGUCGCGAACCAGUCACGUGUCGCGAGACUGACACUGUUGGUGAUCUCGUCAACCUGUUUGUCAGUAAGAGUGUCCACCGUGUCUAUGUCGUCGACGAUACCUUUUCGACACUUGGAGUGAUCACCCUUCGAGACCUCAUCUCUGAAGUUCUCCCUUUGACACAGUCUCUUUCAAUCUCUGAUAUCUUAACAAAGGUCGAUCUACCAAACAAGCCUGAAGCUAUCAUGACUACCACCUCCACAACCACAACCAGCAACUCUACCACUUCUGACAAGAAGAAAGAACAACAUGAACAACAACCAAAUGUUGGUGAAACUGGUUCAGCUACAUUUAAAUCAUGGUUACUUUCUAAAACAGAAAUAGAGAAAUCAAAUACAAAGGAUCUAACUAGAAUAACACCUACCGAUUUAAAAAGGUUGAGGAUAUUCUAUUGUAAUCUGAUACAAAAUUUUGGUCAUACAAAGUUGGUAUUAAAGCAAAGAGCGAUUUCAACUGCAAUUGUAUAUUUUAAAAGAUUUUAUUUAAAAAAUAAUUUUAUAGAUUGCGAACCAAGAUUAAUAUCAAUAACAUGUUUAUAUUUAGCGAGUAAGGUAGAAGAAUGUAUUACUCAGGCUAAAAAAUGUGCAUUAAAAAUGAAGGAACAAGAUCCAUCAUUUAAUUAUACGAUGAGCGAUAUUUUGGAAUGUGAAUUUUAUGUAUUGGAGGAAUUGGGAUUCGAUUUGAUUAUAUUCCAUCCAUACAAGAGUUUACCUACCUAUUUGGGUAACAGUGGGUUGGACAAGGAGUGCUUAGAGGUGGCAUGGGGUGUGGUCAAUGAUUCGUACAAGACUGAUCUAUGUCUACAAUACCCUCCCUAUAUCAUUGCACUGGGGUGUAUAUAUUUGGCGGGAUUUAUAAAGAAACGUGAUCUCAAACAAUGGUUUUCAAAUCUAAACGUCGACAUGAAAGAGAUUUGGGAUGUAUCUAGAGAAUUAUUGGAAUUUUAUGAAUUUGAUAGGAAACCAAUCACUAGUACUGAAACACAUGAAUAUAUUUAUAACAAACUUACAAAAGCAAUACCAGUAGUUCAAAUACAAGGACAAGGACAACAACAACAACAACAACAACAGAAUCAUCCAUCAAAUCAUCAUCAUCAUCCACCACAUCAUCAAUCUCAUAUGAUGCCAAUUGAGAUUAGAUAA